AUGCCCACCACUCUUCUCCCCAUAAACACAAGAAAAAUCCUCAAGCCCUUCAUCAACAAAGCCGUUAAUCUGCUCGAGUCCUACACAAGCGAUAGAUUGCUCAGCCACGGAAAGGCCCUCCACUGCCAUCUCAUCAAAACGGGCCUCUCCUCCCAAAAAUACAUAGCCGUGAAACUCCUCAUCAUGUACUUAGACUCCCGUGAAUCCCUCGAAAUCGACCGCAUGCUCCAGGAAUUUAACGGGUUCAAUUUAGUCGCCUACAACUGUUUGAUCACCGCAAAUCUACAGUGGGGGAACGUGGAGAACGCGUGCAAUCUGUUCGAUGAAUUGUCUGAAAGAAACGAGGUUUCUUGGACCUCGCUCAUCUCCGGUUUACUCAAGCAUGGAAAUGUGGAUAGAGCCAUGUCUUAUUUCGAGAUGAACCCGUUCUCGAACGUGUUCACUUGGACCGCAACAAUUAACGGGCUCGUCCAAAAUGGGCUGAGCUACCGGGCCAUGAACCUGUACAGAAAAAUGCUCCGGGCCCGUGUUUUGCCCAAUGACAUCACUUUCACUACAGUCGUGAGAGCGUGCGUCGAGUUAGGUGAUCUUGGAUUAGGAAAGACCAUCCUUGGUUUGAUCGUUAAGCUCGGGUUUGAUAAAAACGUGUGCGUAUUGAAUUCGUUGGUCAUGCUUUUUUUGAGGUCGGGCGAAAUAGACACCGCAAGGAAAAUGUUUGAUCAAAUAGAGCAAAAGGAUGUGGUUUCUUGGACAACAAUUCUUGACAUGUACGUACAAAUGGGCGACUUGGGGGAGGCUCUUAGGGUGUUCGAUAAAAUGCCCGAAAGGAAUGAGGUCUCGUGGAGUGCAAUUAUAUCGAGAUUCAGUCAGAGUGGGAAUUCAGAGGAGGCAUUCAGGAUGUUCGGGAAAAUGCUCAGGCAUGGCUUCAAACCGAAUGUAUCGUGCUAUUCUAGCGUGAUUAGUGCAUUGGCAAGUUUAGUGGCUUUGGAGGCCGGGAAAAGUAUCCAUGCACGUGUUUCUAAAGUUGGGUUGGAUAAAAACGUGUUUGUAGGCAGCUCUCUUGUAGACCUGUACUGUAAAUGCAGUAAAACGCAAGACGGGCGCUCGGUAUUUGACGAGACCCCAAAUAAAAAUAUCGUGUGCUGGAAUUCGAUGCUAUCAGGUUAUAGCUUGAACGGAGAAUUAAAGAAAGCCAUCGAGAUUUUCAAACAAAUGCCUGAAAUAAAUACCGUCUCAUGGAACUCGCUGAUCGCCGGUUAUUUAAACACCAAGGAUUAUAAAGAGGCGCUGAAAGCAUUUGACGAGAUGAUUUUAUUAGGACAUAAACCGAAUAAGUCGACUUUCUCGUGCGUUUUGAGAGCCUGCGCAAACCUUGCCUCCUUAGAGAGAGGCAGGCGCGCGCACGCCAAAGCCCUGAAGCUCGAUUUUCAUCACGACGUCUAUGUUGGGACUGCGCUAGUCGACAUGUACGCGAAAUCCGGGAGCGUGGAAUGUUCUAGAAAGGUCUUUCGUCAAAUACCUGCCAAAAACGAGGUCGUGUGGACUGCCAUGAUACAAGGACUGGCGGAAAACGGUUUGGCGCAAGAAUCUUUAGCGCUUUUCGAGGAAAUGGAGAGAAAAUCGAGCGUGAGGCCGAACGAGCUCAUUUUGUCGUCCGUUCUCUUCUCGUGUUCGCACUGUGGUUUGGUCGAUAAGGGGCUCGAUUAUUUCGAUUCGAUGGAGAGGGUUAAUGGGGUGAGGCCGAACGAGAGGCAUUAUGCUAUCGUGGCAGAUAUGCUGUCGAGGUCUGGGAGGCUUGAAGAGGCGGAGGAUUUUAUUACGAGAAUGCCCUUCGAGCCGGAUGUGAAUGUGUGGGCGGCUUUGCUGAGCGGGUGCAAGAAAUUUGGGGACGAGAAGUUGGCGGGAAGGGUGGCGGAGAGGAUGGCGGGGAUGUUGGGGGCUGAGGCGGGAAGAGCUAUAUAG